AUGUUAGGCCGAAUUUCUGUUGUAAAGUUGCAGGCAUUAGCCUCUGAGUUGAAGGCGGGUUUCACAGAAGCGAUGCAGGAGCUGUCACGAAUCCAGCAUGGCGAGUAUGCCCUGGAGGAGAAGGUCAAGAGCUGCCGCUGUGCCAUGGAAGAGAAAGUGGCAGAGAUGAAGAAUUCCCUCAACACAUUCAAGGAGGAGCUCAGCGAUGCAAAGUCAAUGAUUGAAGAAAUCAGUGCCAAGCAGGAGGAAAUGCAACAGAAAAUUGAGCAGCUGCAGCAAGAGAAGCGGCGGGAAUCACGGAAAGUGAAAGCUAAAAGAGCACAGAAGGAUGAUCACGGGUCACAGACAGUGCCUACACCUCUCCAGGGCAGCCCAUUUCGAUCCAUUAACCUCCCAGAACCUGUGCUGAUCAAUGAAGAUUUUACAAGUCUUUUACACAACGUGACUUACGAAAAAGUGUCUGACACCAGGAUCGUGCCAAUGGGAGAAGGAAGUGUGAAAGUUGUAGCAGGUCCAGGAGCAACCAUAGAGGCAGAUGACAGCCUCAAACCUUCCUUGACAACAGAGGGGCAGUCAAAAGUGCAUCUGCCAUCAACAGUGUGGAAGCAGCCCAAGGACACCAAGGACUGGGGAGAUGAAUACAUUUCCAAAGAGCAACCAGAGAGAGGGAAAGACAUGAGCCAAAGCAGAUACAGUUCAGCAGACAACAUUAUAUGUGAACCCUCUUUGGCUGCCAAAAGGCAGAACAUCGCUUUGGAGCUGCUGGAGUCAGAAAGGAAAUAUGUCAUCAACCUUUCCCUAAUCCUGAAGAUCAAGGCCACGUUGCAAGGGCAAGAUGUGAAAAGGAGCACCAAAGAGAGAAGUUUCUUCCCCAACUCUUUGCGGUACCUGGUCCAGCAGCAUGUCGAUUUACUUCACGCUCUACAGGAGCGAGUCCUGAGCUGGCCACGACAAGGGAUCCUAGGAGAUAUCUUCCUGAAGUUAACAAAUGAUGAGAACAAUUUUCUGGACUACUAUGUUGCUUACCUGAGGGACCUGCCAGAAUGCAUCUCUCUGAUCCACGUGGUGAUCCUGAAGGAGGUAGAAGAAGAAAUCAAGUCUGAUCUCUACAUUCUGUUCUUCCAUAUAGUCCAGCGAAUCCCUGAAUACCUUAUUCAUCUACAGAAUGUCCUGAAGUUCACGGAGCAAGAGCAUCCUGACUAUUACCUGCUGCUGGUGUGUGUGCAGCGCCUCCGGGUUUUCAUCUCACACUAUAGCCUCCUCUUCCAAUGCAAUGAAGACCUGCUUAUACAGAAGAGGAAAAAGCUGAAGAAGUCAUCCCUGGUGAAGCUGUACAAAGGUCUCACCUCCCAGUGUACGAGCCAAGAGGUUUCGCCAACACCCAGCGCAACAUCUAUCCGGGACAGUGGGAUCCACUCCGAAGAGACAAUACAGUCAUUCCCACCAGCACCUUCCUCUGGCACGACAACCCCGCAUUUGAUGCCCCAGAUGAAGAAGCCCCAGCCAACUGUAAUGGAGAACAUCCAGGCUGUAAAGCCCCCUGACUGGGAAAUGGAAAGUAGAAAACAUGAGAGGCCAGAGAACAUCCUUGCAUCCUCUCAGAUCACAGAGCAGGAACUCAAGGCUCUGACAGCUCCCUUACAAUCCAUCCCUGAAAUGGAGUAUGAAGCACCACCGGCUGAUGCGGUGGGAAAUGCCGAGAGAGCCAUCAGGACCUCUGUGGAGCUGCUGCAGGAUGCAAGGAACUUUGCACCAAGCUACGAAGAGUUUGACUACCCUGGGGAGGUUUUCACCCUGCCAGGCCCCUAUGAAGAUGAUGCCUUCCAAAACCUCGCUCUAUUUGAGAAUUGCUCCCCAGCCUCUUCCGAGUCCAGCUUAGACAUUUGCUUCCUUAGGCCUGUCAACUUCACAUCAGAACCAGAGAGGACAGAUCAUGCCUUACAGCCACUGCCUAAAAGCUGCACUCCCGUAAGCAGCAGUACUUACAAGCGUGAGAUGUUCCACAGCAAAGGCAAGCAGCUGAGCAGGUCUCUGAAGGAGCUGCCAAGAAGCGCUGAGGGCAUGAACACCAGACUCUACAGCACACGGAGCAGCAGUGGGAGCCGGCUGCAGCAGAAGCAGGAGAGGAGUGUCCAGCCUCACAUGAUCUCAGCUUCAUCUCGAAGCUCCCAAAGGAGCUACUUCCCCCCACAGAGAGGAGCGGGUGAAAAACAGAGCUUUUUGGAAGAGCUCCAUGCAGAAGACAACACCAGGUUCUGCCAGAAGGAUGACAAUGAGCAAACAUCCUUCAGCGACCACAACCCACGGCACGAGCCCAAGGGGGGUUUCCGGAGCUCCUUCCGCAAGCUCUUCAAAAAGAAAUAAGCAGCCCC